AUGGAACGCGGUGGACAAAUAGAUGUUAUCUACACAGACUUCGAAAAAGCGUUCGACCGGGUAGACCACCUCAUUCUUCUAAAAAAGCUCCAGGAGCUAGGUAUCCACGGGGAUUUGCUUCGGUGGAUGGAAUCUUACCUAUCGAAUCGAUCCCAGGCUGUCGUAAUGGGCGGUUAUCGCUCAGACUAUAUCGAGAUGCCCACUGGAGUUCCACAGGGCUCACACCUGGGACCAUUGCUGUACAACGCCUAUUUGUACGAUAUUGGUGUGGACUCCCUGGUGAUGCUGCCGUGCUUCGUCAUCAUCGGCGACGACGCGCGGCUGCGCGUGGCGGCCGGCGACGUGCCCAAUCUCAUACGACAGCUGAUCGUGCUCAUCGCUAUAUCUUAUGUUAGGCUUAAGAUGUUUCUUAGCAUUUUCCAUGCGAAGCUCCUUCGAAACGUCCUCGACGUGAUCAGCCGGGACUACCAAAGGUUCAACGUUCUCCCAGAAGAAUACCAGCAGCUCGUAGAUAAGAAUAUCAGGAUGACCAAGAAGUUCCAGUACACCUGGGGUGUAGCUAUCGCGUCUACUCUACUGUCAUUCAUCGUAUUGGCUCUGGGCUUCACGGUGUAUUCGCAGGUAUUCAGCGCGACCCCCCGGAAGUACAUGAUCCACGAGUGCCGGCUGAUCUCCCUGGCGGAGGGGGAGCAGUACCUGACGCCGUACUACGAGCUGUUCGCCGCGUACAGCGUGUACGUGCUGUGGGAGGUGUUCGUGGGGUUCAUCGCUUACGACGGAAUAUACAUCCUGUCGAUACUGCACGUGUCGCUGCGACUGAAGAUAGUCGCGCUGGAUCUGUCGCGGGUCGCGUGUGACGUCACGCCCGCCGCCAUGACGCGCAGGAUCGUCGAGUUUGUGAGAGACCAUUGUGAGGUACAAAGGUUCAUCACCAAGGUGGAGAAGUGUUUCCAGGUGUGGCUGAUCAUGCUCGUCUUCAACGCCAUUCUCCAGAUCGUCAUGUCGCUCAGUCAGACCACCAAGAAGAACGACAGCGACUACAAGACAAUGUACUACCUACUGUUCGUGGCGGUGGCUCUACACACAUACCUGCUCUGCUAUCUCACCUCUUACGUUACUUAUAAUGGGGAAGAACUAGCCAUGGUGGCGUACAGCACGGGUUGGGAGGCCGUCCCCGACACCAGGGUUAGGAGAUCCCUGGUGAUGCUGAUGAUGCGGGCGCAGAAGCCCACUCAAUUCAAGGCCAUGGGUAUGAUGACUAUCAACAUGGAGUUGUUCACUAAGAUUCUUCAGACCAGCUACUCAAUUUUCACGAUCCUUCGCAAGUAA